AUGAAUUCUCCUGUUAUUGUCAACGAGAUUUUCCAGCUCAACUCCAUCCCUGGAGGCCUUCGCCCUGGCACUAUUUCCUUUAAAAACGUCACUAUUGAUGGUGAAAAGUAUGUGUGUGUACGUGACGUGCAAGAAAAUAAGCAAACCUCACUUGUUAUUGCUGAUUUGGUUAAACAAGGGAGUAUGCGAAACAACAUCAAGGAUGCUGAGUCGGCCAUUAUGAAUCCUAACUCCAAGAUUCUUGCACUUCGCAGUGGUCGCAACAUGCAGAUUUUCGACGUGGAUGCAUCAAAGCGACUUAAAGCACUGGUCUUUCACGACGACAUCGUGUUCUGGCGUUGGGUUGACGUUGAGACGGUGGGCAUAGUCACAGCAACAACGGUAUACCACUGGAGCUUAAACACCGCAUCGGACACUCCCCCGGAGCGAGUCUUUGAUCGUGGGGAGGAUUAUGGGGCCUCAGUCCAGAUUCUUUCUUACCAUGUGGAUGAAAAAAAGAAGUGGCUCGUCCUCACUGGUGUUACUCGUGAAGGUACCAGCACCAUUGGCAAGGCACUUCUCUACAGUGUAGAGAAUAGGAGUAGCCGCGUACUCAGUGGUCAUGCCUGCAAUUUUAUCACUACUACCGUGCCGAACGAAUCUCGACUGUGCAACAUUAUGUGCAUGGCCUGGAAUAACCCUCAGGAAGGAGGACAGGUGAUGAUUAUGGAGCUUCCUACAAGUGAGAAAAUGGAUCUCACCUUGACCAGGCGAAUCUACAACGUUCGCAUGCAAGAGGGCGACUUCCCUAUAGUGAUGCAUAUAUCCGAGCGUCACAAGCUUCUCACAGUUGUCACCAGUCGCGGCAUGUAUGUGUUGAUGGACAUUUUUACCGGUACUAUUCUGGCUUCACAGCAGUUUACGCAGGCGGUUAUUUUUUCUGGCGCGGAGGAUCGUACUACCGGUGGGAUCAUUUGUGUCAACAACCAGGGCUCCGUCAUACGUGUUGCACCGAACGACACCAGCAUCAUUCCUUUUGUUAAGAACCACAUGCAAAACCCACAGCUGGCGAUUCGCAUUGCGGAAUCGGCAAACCUUGGCGGUGUUGAUGACCUUUUCCGGACGCAACUGGAGAGCUACUUACAGUCUGGGAACGUAGAGGCGGCCAUCCGUAUGUGCUUGCGGGCUCCUGGUGGGGCGCUCCGGACUCCCGAAGUUCUGCGGCGUUUUCUGCAGCUGCCUCAACAGCCUGACCAGCCCCCAGCCAUCUCCGUCUAUUUCAAGCUGGUCCUGGCUGAAACGAAACUGAACGAAUUCGAGUCUGUAGAGCUGGCACGCGCAGUGCUCCCAAAGGGAGGGAUCGGUUUCGUGAAGCAGCAGCUGGAAGAGGACAAGUUAACCCCUAACGUUGAGUUGGCCGACCUUCUGCAGCGUUUGGAUCCAGAUAUGGCCAUGAAAAUUUAUCACCAGAACUCCGCACAUGCUAAGGUAGUCAACGUGCUACUGCAGUCCAACCAGACUCAGAAAGCGGUCGAGUACUGUAAACAGACUAAUUUUUCACCGGACUGGAGGGUUAUUAUGGGCAAUUUUAUUCGAGCAAACCCACAAGAUGCCGUCAGUCUUGGUCUCAUGUUGUAUCGCGAAAUGGGCGAUAAACCGAUACUAAGCGCGGAUGAAAUUCUCGAUAUGCUUGUCUCAACUCAAAAUAUUCAGCAGGCCACAGAGUUUCUGCUUGAGAUGCUGCGCGACCACAACGAUGAAUCAACCAUCGACUUACAAACAAAACUGCUAGAGAUCAAUCUAAAGUAUUCUCAUCCAUCUGUCGCGGAGAAAAUUUUUGUCCGUGGGAUUUGUCUCCAUUAUGACCCCAUAAAGUUGGCCCCAUUGUGUGAGCGCGUUGGGCUUUAUCAUCGGGCCAUAGAUUGUUACAUCAUCGCUCAAAGAGAUGAUCCCAGCACAAACAAUCUCCCCAACAUCCGCCGCUGUCUGGAGCAAUACCAUACCCUAAACCCCGAGUGGAUGCUAGAGUUCUUUGGAAAACUUAACAAGGAGGAGGGUCUUGUGUGCUUGUCUGAUCUUUCCCAAAAUCACAAACAGAACUUUAAGGUUAUCGUUCAAGUGGCCACAAAGUACAGUGAUGCCCUUGGAACCAGGGACCUUAUUAACCUUUUUCUAGAAAAAGGGUUGUUCGAAGUUCUUUAUUACUACAUUGGUGCCAUUGUACCCUACACGAAUGAUCCUGAGGUUCACUUCCGCUACAUCGAAGCCGCAGCAGAGAUGGGGCAGAUACAGGAGCUGGAGCGUAUGACUCGUGAGAGUCCUUGCUACGAGCCUGAGCGCACUAAGAGCUAUUUGAAAGCUAAGGGCCUCACUAACAUAUGGCCUUUCAUUAACGUUUGUGAUGCUCACGACAUGGUGAAUGAGAUGGUGCACUACCUGGUCAGCACGGGUAAUGAAUCUUGUAUCGAGCAAUACGUAAUGCGCCGAAGCCCUGGGAAAACGCCACAGGUGGUUCAAGCUCUCAUUGAGUGCCAUAUGAGUGAGAACUACAUCAAGCAUGUGAUGAACGCCGCAGGUGCCAUGUGCCCCAUACAAGAGCUUGUCGACGUUGCCGAAAGUACUGGCCGUUUGAGUAUCAUCCGGGAAUGGAUCCAGGAUCGUUGUAACGAGAGAAAAACAGAUACUGCACUAUUCAAUGCGCUUGGUAAGAUUUACGUGGACUGUGGUGAAAAUCCGGAGGCAUUUCUAUUAGAAAACGAAUACUACGAUCCAAUGAUGCUUGGGAAGUACUGCGAAAACACAGACCCCAAUUUAGCCUAUAUUGCCUACACACGUGGUAAUUGCAGCGAGGCAAUUGUGAGGCUUUGCCAAAAAAACAACAUGUACAACCAUUUGGCGCGUUACCUUGUCAAGACCCAGGACCUUGAUCUUUGGGCGAAUGUGCUAGCUUCUGACACCCCUGAGCGCCAGCAACUCGUGGAGGCGGUUCAUCAAACUGCACUUCCAGAGUCUCAAAUAAGCGAAGAGGUUAGCACAACUGUGCGUGGAUUCAUGAAUGCAAACCUUAUUGAGGAGCUGACAUCGUUACUCGAGCAAAUUGUGGUGCAUGGGCAAUUCCGUAAGAAUCGUUAUCUUGAGAACCUACUUAUCAUGUCUGCCAUCCGCACGCGCAAGGACAAGGUGAUGGAUUAUAUCAUAAGUCUUGAGAACUACGACGCUGUCAACAUCGCUAACUUGGCUAUCGGCGCGGAAUUGUACGAGGUCGCGUUCACUGUGUAUGAACGCUUCAACAUGAAGAAGGAAGCUAUGAUGGUGCUUCUGGAGAACCUCAAGGACCUCGCCCGAGCCCGCUCUUUCGCACAGAAAACGGAUUUUCCGGAAGCAUGGGGAAUACUGGGUGUGUACUUAGUGAAGGAAGACGAAAUACACGACGGUGUUGAGUGCCUGAUUCGCGGCAAAAACGCAGAUGCGGUUGCUGAGGUAAUGGCAGCAUCCGAGCGCACCAAGCAGUAUUCGUAUCUUAUCAAGUAUCUUUUAACGGCGCGUAUGUAUUCGCGCACCAAGGACGGCAGGAUUGAUACCGCCCUCGCAUUAACCUAUGCUAAAAGCGGCCAAGUUAUCAAGCUGGAGGAAUUUCUCAAAGAGACACACAAUGUGAAGAUUGGUGAUAUCGCCGACAAGUGCUUUGAAGAGGAACUGUAUGAAUCAGCAAAGUUACUGUAUCGCUUAGCGAACAAUUACGCACGUUUGGCGACGACAGAGCUGAAGCUGAAUAGCCUUGCGGGUGCGGUGGAGGCGGCUAACAAGGCUAGAUUAGUGCAGACUUACAAGGAAAUACAUAUGGCUUGUAUAGUAGCUGGUGAGAUGAAGCUUGCCAGCGUUUGUGCGUUGCCUGUCAUCCUUAAGGCAGAAGAGCUUAGUGGUAUUGCGGAUCGCUACGAAUCCCGCGGCCUCUGGGAAGAUUUGCUUGCUAUACUCAAGAUGGCUGCGGGCGUCCAAGGAGCACAUAUGGGCAUCUUCACUGAGAUUGGAGUUCUUUUAGCCCGCUACAAUCCAGAGAAGCUGCUAGAACAUAUCAAUAUAUACCCCAGGAAAAUCAACACUCACAAGAUGGUCUCAGUAUGCGAGCUAUAUCACCAUUGGCUUCCGUUACGCGUGCUGCAAGUAAAUAACGAGGAUUGGAUGUCUGCGGUGAGUACCAUGAUGAAACAUUACGCCGAUGCAUGGGAUCAUGAAGUAUUCAAGGAUGCAAUUCUGCGUAUGGGUUCUAACGAUACGAUCUAUUCGGCGAUAGCAUUUUACAUUAAAACUCACCCUGAGUUGCUCAACGAUUUCCUCUCCUUCAUUUAUAAGAAGGCUGAGCCGGAGCGCGUCAUGAUGGAGGUUGAAAAACACGCUCCUAUAUACCUUAUCCGCACCUACUUGGAGGUUAUUCAGGAGCGUAACCUCAAAAAGAUUAACGAAACUCUAAAUAAUCUCUACAUAGAGGAUGAGGAUUUUGAUGCACUACAUCGCUCCAUUGAGUCGUAUGACAACUUUGACUUUGAGAAACUUUCGUCACGACUAGAGACGAUGAAGCAGUUUGAGUUCCGUAAGAUUGCCCUGUUACUCCACCGUAAGAACAAGAACUACGUGCAUGCCAUCAGGGUUGCUAAGGAAAACAAACUUUAUCAGUAUGCGAUCGACACCUCUUGCGAGAGUUGUGAUGCUUCCCUGGUAGAGGGAUUGCUUGAUUAUUUUGUGGAAGAUCACCCCGAGUUUUUUGUUUCCUGCCUUUACACCUGUUAUGAAAUUCUUGACCCUACCGUGGUGAUAGAGAAGGCGUGGCGGCAUCAGCGCGUCGAUAUCGCGAUGCCGUACCUCAUCCAGACGAUGCAGUUCUUCAUGACCAAAAUCCACCGUCUUGAGCGCGUCCUCUCCAACGAGCAUGACGCCGCGAGAGAAGUUGCCCGACGUCUCGGCCCUGCUGAAGACGCGAAUCGUCCGUUGAUGAUCGAAACCACGGCUCCAGGGCUUGGCCACGCGGCGCCACCCCCAAUGAACAUUUAUGCCAAUCCAGGACAAUUCAACACGGGGCGUCCUCUUUAA